AUGCCAACGCGAAUUCGUAUCGCACUCCCUCUAACUGGAUUUACAACUGUUUUAGGUUCCAUUAAAAGUCCAAUAGCUGCAUUAAGGAUUCUUUCGGUAUCGUCUUCAGUUGUGUCACAGCGCUAUCGAUCAUCAAUGCUCGCCUUACUUCUUCUUUGCAUCUCCGCUGAUUUCUCAUUGCAGCAAGGACAGCAGCCGCCGCCCCCACCGCCUCCGCUGCCCCCACUGCGACCGCUGCCUCCACCGCCUCAGCAGCCGCAGCAGCCGCAACCGCAGCAACUGCCGCAACCGCAGCAGCAGCCUCCGCAACCACAGCAGCAGCCGCCUCCACCACCGGCACUACCUGCACUACCACCGGUACAGCAGCGGCCUGAUUACGAGAAUUUGCUUAGGGACACUAUUGCAGAUUGUCUUAGCGAUUACCAGUGCAGAGUAUUUGAACAUUGUGUGGUUGGUAAAUGCAUACGCGAUACAAGAGCUUGUCCGGGUGGUACUUGUCCAGCAGGAAUGGUUUGCGUUGCUGGACGAUGUCUUCCGGACCCUCUAAUAGCAACAACGGAAUCCAUAUUGGGAAGACUCAAAGAAGAAUGCCCCUCUCCAUGGACAUUUAGUCAACAGUUUAACGCAUGCUAUUAUGUUGGUCGUGGUUCAUACAAUUUCUUCACAGCUAGCGCAGAAUGCCGUAGGCUUGGUGGAACAGUUGCAUCGAUCGGUUCAAGUGAAGAAAUGACUUAUGUAAACGGUCUGGUCGGUUCUGGUGCGUAUUGGAUUGGAUAUCAUCAUACAAGAUUCUCUUCGAAUUGGGAAGAUGGAUCGCCUGUAGGCUUUACGAAUUAUAGACGAGGGCAGCCAGAUGGAUGUUGUGGUGGUGCAGGAUGUACGCUAGUUAAUUACAGAAGUAAUUUGGGAGAAUGGGAUGAUGCUGGAUGCCACGUAAUAUGGCGUACACCAACUUAUGCAGUUUGUAAGAAGCCGCGUUAA